AUGGCCACCAUGUCCGAGCCUCAGCACUUCAUGAAGACCUCCGGCGAGACCGACGCCGUGUGGAUCCACACCGAUCCGUACUCAAACCGCCCUCAGUUCUCGCCGCUCACCCAAGACCUUGACACCGAUGUCUGCAUCGUAGGAUCUGGCAUUUCGGGCAUAUCCAUUGCCUAUGAGCUCGUCAGCAAGGGUGUGAACGUUGUCAUGAUCGAGGCCAGGGACAUUCUGAGCGGUGAAACGAGCAGAACGAGUGGACAUCUUGCAAGUGCGCUUGACGAUGGUUACACGGAGAUAGCGAAGAAGCACGGAGAUGAUGGCGCGAAAGCUGCUGCCGACAGCCAUCAGUGGGCGCUCAAUCGUGUUGGGGAGGUCUCUAAGCAGCUCGGCAUUGAAUGCGAGUACAGGCACUUGCCGGGUUACGAAAUCUCGCAGUAUCCACGUGGCCAUCCAAAGCACGCCGAGGAGAUUGCGGGUCUUAAAGAGGAGUGUGAGAAGGCUAGAAGCUUGGGGUUGAACGCUACUUUCGAGGAAGGAUUUGCUGUCAAAGGAUGGGACGGUCAGAUUGACCAGCGUGAUGCCUUGGUCUUCUGGGAUCAAGCCACUUUCCACCCUACCAAGUAUUGUGUCGGUGUUCUCAAAUGGCUCCAGCAGCAGCCAAACUUCAGCUGCUAUACUCGCACGCGAAUGAUGGACAUUAAAGAGAAGGGCGUUGAGCUCCUAGGCUUUGGCAAGAAGACCGCCGAGGUGCACACUGAGAACGGCCACGUAAUCACGUGCAAAGAUGCGGUGGAGGCUACCGUUGUUCCACUACAGAAGCUCAGCGUUGUUGCCGAAGAGGAAUACUACCGAACUUACUGCAUCGCCAUUCGCGUGCCGAAAGGCUACAUUGAGGACUGCCUGCUCUACGACGAAGCCGAGGCGUACAAAUACGUCCGGUUUACCCCCUGCGACGAGAAGGACGACUACCUCGUCAUCGGCGGCUGCGACCACAAAGUCGGCCAAGAGAGCGCAGACGGCCGCUUCGAGGAGCUGGAGCAAUGGGUCCGCGAGCGCUUCACACGCGCCGGCUCCGUCGACUACAAGUGGAGCGGCCAGAUCUUCGAGCCCGUCGACUACAUGGCCUUCAUCGGCAAGAACCCCGGCAAGAAACACACUUAUAUCGUUACCGGCGACAGCGGCAACGGUCUCACCCAUGGCGUCCUAGCCGGCAAGCUGAUCGCCGAUGAGAUCACGGAGGUCCCCAACCCAUGGGCUAAACUAUACGCGCCCAACCGCAUGGGCAGCAUCAUGAAGUCUCUCCCAUCAAUGCUCAGCCACGACGUCCAGAUCAACCUGCAGUACAAGCGCUUCGCCCAGUCCGAUAUCCAAGACAUCGAGGAUUUGGCUCCAGGCACAGGAGGCGUGAUUAAUAAGGCGGACCUGAAGAAGCCAAUUGCAGUCUACAAGGACGAUCAGGGCAAGGUGCACAAGUUCAGCGCUAUCUGCCCCCAUUUGCACGGUGUUGUCUGCUGGAACAACGUGGAGAAGAGCUGGGACUGCCCGAUUCACGGGAGUAGGUUUUCGAAGGACGGAAUCUGUGUCAUUGGACCCGCCAAGUCGAAUCUGAGUCCGGCUGAUGAGACGGGGGCGCAGGCGCAGAAGAUCGCGGUUGAGAACUAA